CUUACUCGAGAAAACAAAAUUCAAUUUCAAUUCCUUGGUGGAAGUCCACUUGUUUUCGGGUUUGGUUCUGUGAUCCCAAAGGCAAAAUGGACGCUGAAUUGCUAGAACUUCAGCGACAGUUCGAAUUUGCGCAACAAGCGAAAUCAAGCAUUCGAUUAUCGGAAAGAAAUGUUGUUGAAUUGGUCCAAAAGCUUCAAGAGCUUCGUAUCCUCGAUUUCGAGCUCCUCCACACCGUCACCGGCAAAGAAUAUAUCACUCCUGAGCACCUACGGCAUGAAAUAUUGGCUGAGAUUGAGAAGUUAGGACGCAUUUCUUUGAUAGAUCUUGCGGAUAAUAUUGGUGUGGAUCUAUACUAUAUCGAGAAGCAAGCUGAACAGAUUAUAUCUGAUGAUCCACGGCUUAUGUUGAUUCAAGGGGAAAUAAUAUCUCAAUCUUAUUGGGAUUCUGCGGCGGAAGAAAUAAAUGAGCGGCUUCAGGAAUCUAGUCAAAUUGCUUUGGCUGAAAUUGCUGCAGAGUUGCAAGUUGGUUCAGAAUUGCUUGCAUCCAUGUUGGUUCAACGGCUUGGGACGCUGGUAAAAGGUAGGCUUGAAGGUGGUCAGCUAUAUACCCCAGCAUAUGUUUCUCGGGUUUCUGCCAUGGUUCGUGGUGCCACCAGAGCUAUUACCGUUCCUACAAAUUUAACUGUAAUAUGGAGCUCUUUACAGCAAUUAUUGCUAGGAAUUGAUGGAGCUAGUGGUAUAGCUGUUGAUGGUUCAUUUUUCCAGUCCCUUUUUAAUGGACUUGUUAAGGAAAAUGAAGUUCUUGGAUCACUUCGUGCAGGUGUUCAUUGGACACCAAAGAUAUUUUCCAUUGCUCAAAAAGAAUGCAUAGAUUCGUUCUUCUCACAGAAUUCCGUCAUUAACUAUGAGUUUCUGCGAAAACUUGGGAUUCCCAACCCCAUUCAGUUCUUGCAGUCCAGAUAUCCUGAUGGCAUUCCUUUAAGUACUACAUUCAUUCACCCUUCAAUAAUUGAAAUGUUGGAUUCUACUGUUGAGGAUAUCCUUGAGCGUGGUAGCUGGACCAAUUCUCUUCUUGUUCUUCCUUCAUCAUUUGAGCCCCAAGAUGCAUCUAAAAUUUUGUUAUCUUGCCCAUCUGUUCAGGUAGCUCUAAAGUGUAAUAAAGCUUUCAUAUUUGGUGAUUCAUUUAUAUUCAGCAAUAUUUUUAUCAAGGAUCUCUAUGAUCGCAUGGAGAAGGAAAUGGAGACCAUGAAUGUCCCAGGAUCUUCUACUGCCAAUUUUUCUGGAGAUUCGCUGAGCAUUAGUAAAGUUGGAAAUGAUCCAAGCAUGUCUGCUGAGUCAAUUGAACCGGGAAAUAAUAGUGCUAAAAUUGGAGAGAUCAUGGAGAAAAAGUCAAAGAAAAAGAAAGGUAAAUCAACUGGAAAUACUCAAACUGUAGCUGCUGAAGGUGUUCUGGAUGACCAGGAAUCUUCAACGAAAUCCAAGAAAAACCAGAGGAAAGCUAAGGCUACAACGUCUGUACAAGUGGCAGAGACUAAAGCUGGGGGUAAAAAGGAAUCAGUUAAAACAAAAGAGAGCAAUAUUAAUCACCCUACUGAAGAAUGGGUUAUUGAGAAGCUCAAGACACUGAUACCUGAUCUUGACGAACAUGGCAUAGAUGAUCCUGCAACAAUCCUCCAACCUUUGGUAAAUCAUUUCAGACCUAUGCUGAACAAUUCGUGGCGGGAGAAAAGAAAGGCAUUAUUUACAGAAAAUGCAGAGAAAAUGAAGCGCUUACUUGACAGUACACAGCAGAAACUUGACGAGUCUUUCAUAAAUUUGCAGCUGUAUGAAAAAGCCUUAGAUUUAUUUGAAGAUGACCAGUCAAUCUCUGUCGUUUUGCACCGGCAUUUGUUAAGAACGUCAGCUGCACCAAUUGUGGAUAUGCUUUUUCAUAACUUGGAUUUGUACAAUAAGUUGAAGAACGGAAUUGAAGUUGCAGAAAUGCAGAAUUCAGAACCAGUCUCACUCAGUACUGGAGAGAGAACUACAAUUGCUAAGAGCUUUCCUGGAUCUCUGUCAAAUAAGGCUGUCACUGUAGCUGAAGCUUUGGAAGGGAAGGUAAGUGAUUGAUUGCCAAGAAGAUAUUG